CCACUUUAAUUCAUAACCCUAAGCGGAAGUCGGUAACAAAGCCAGCUGUGAGAAGAGGUGUACAGUUUGUUCCGCUUGUAGCUUUGAAACUGGAUUCCGGAUGUAGCUUUAAAAACCGGCGGCAGCUUCAUGUGCUGGGCAUAAAGCUACGUGGAGAGAACACUCAGAAAUGUGGAUGAGUACAUUUGCACGUUUUGCCCAUCCUGUCCUGCAAAGGAGCACCUCUGCGAUGGUCUGCAAAGCACUAAGGGCUUGUCAUAGGAUGGAGCUGCCUGCUGCAGCACCAAGUUUCUGCAUGACUCCGGCACAUAUUCGUGGACAUCAAACCCUUGGUUCUGCUCCCCUCCCUGUGGCCGGUCACUCAGUGAGGCAUGUCCGUGCCCUGGAUAAGGAGAGGCUGAUGGCGGUGGAAUGGGAAGAUGGAGGCCAGAGCUUGUACCCAUUCACCUGGUUGAGAGACAACUGCCAGUGUCCACACUGCACCCUGCAGUCAGCAGAGGCCCGCUUGCUGCUGCUGACUGAUCUUGAUAUCCACACAGGAGUGGAUAUUGUGGAGGUUACCAAAGACUGCAAGGUUUCAAUUGUGUGGCCCGACCAGCACAUGAGCGUGUUUGAUGCAGAGUGGCUGAAGAAACGCAGUUUUUCUGCUGCUGCCAGGCAAGCAAUGCAAGAGGAACUGUUCCUCAAUGAGCGUUAUUAUUGGGAUGCGACGCUACGUAUUCCCAAAGCAGACUUCCAGGAAGUUCUCCACGAUGACAGGGCUGCACUCGCCUGGCUCCUGGCCCUACGUCAAAUUGGCAUCGUCCACCUACAGGGGGCGCCUGCAGAGCAAGGCCAGGUCGCCAGACUCGCUGAGAGGAUUGGAUAUCUCAGGCUGACGUUCUAUGGGCAUACAUGGCAGGUCCAGGACAAAUCUAUGGCAAACAAUGUGGCGUACACUUCAGGGAAGCUGAGCCUGCAUACAGACUACCCUGCUUUACACUUUGCACCUGGGGUGCAGUUCCUGCACUGCAUUAACCAGGCCGAGGAAGGAGGGGAGAGCGAGGUGGUGGAUGGCUUCCACAUGGCCGAGCAGCUGCAGAGAGAAGAUCCAGAGGCCUUCCAGACGCUCACCUCGCUCCGUGUGGACUUCACCGACUCCGGGACAGACUACUGCGACUUCAUGCUGCAGUCGAAGAACUGCAUCAUCGAUGUUGACUCCGAGGGCAAAGUAACGAAAAUAAACUACAACAACGCUACCAGGGACUCUGUGCUGGACCUCCCCUUACACCAGGUUCAACCCUUCUACCGAGCCCUAAAGGCCUAUGUGGACAUUAUGAACAGACCAGAAAACAUGGUCACCUACACCAUGGAGCCAGGCGACAUGGUGACCUUUGACAACUGGCGUCUGCUGCAUGGGAGGAAGAGCUACAUCAGCAAACCAGACAGGCUGCGACACUUGGAGGGUGCCUACCUGGACUGGGACGAGGUGAUGUCUCGUCUCCGGAUUCUCCGCAGAAACGUCCACGGGGACGUGUGAGCCUCGCACUAAGGGUCACAUUUACAUAGAAAACCCUAAUGUCUAUUCUCAGAAUCUGAAACUACUACUAAAGCUACCAGUGGUCUUAAAAAAAAACAUAUUAGACAGCGGGCUAAAACCCAAGUCUCUAUUUAAUAUUCAGAGUUUAAAACCUGAAACUUGUGCAACACAACAAUGCAAUCAUGGGAAAGCCUUGUUUUUAGACUUAAAAUGCUCAAAUAUAUUUUAGAUCAAACCUGUUUUUAUAUACAUAUAUAUAUAUAAAUAUACACACACACACACACAGCCUGGCCAAAAAAAAGUCACCGCCAAAAAAAUGGUCACACUCUAAUAUUUCUUU